CCGGCUGAAUGGGACUUGUACAUGGCAGUGUAUUGUGGUGGUGACGGCGGUGCCAGUGGUGGAGGUGUCAGUGCUUUUGUGGUGGGUGUGGAGAAGAGCAAGAAGAAGAAGAGAAAGAGUGGCCACUGGAGGAAUCUCCAACAUGUCUACGUCAUCGCAAGCCAAAGAACCACCAGAUAACAGGAACAGAGGGGAGAAAUAAAUAGGACGAGAAGCAAGGAAAAGAAGGCCAAAAAAAUAACAUCCGAAACUGCUAGUAGUCGUAGUAGUAAUCGAGGUCAUCAAGAAAGGUCAAGGAACACUAAACAUCAUCAUAAUCAAGUGUGCACCGCCUCCAGUCCUUCAGGAAGGAGACCUCGCGAGAUGCUCUGGGUCAUCCUGCUUAUGGCCUCUUCUUCUCUGCUGCGCUUAGCACGGUCAGGGGUUAGCGGUGGGGAGCUGGAACACAGCUUGCUGGUCGCCACUGGUACGGUUUGCAAGACGUUCCCCGGACUCAGCAAGGAACAGCUGGAUUUGUGCCGCCGCUAUCCCGACGUCACAACUUCCGCUAUCCAGGGACUGCAACUCGCAGUGGACGAGUGCCAGUACCAGUUCCAGUGGCACCGCUGGAACUGUUCUUCGCUCAACACAAAGAGCCGCAACCCUCAUAGCAGCGUUCUGCUUCAGAGGGGUUACCGUGAAUCGGCCUUUGCCUACGCCAUCUCGUCGGCUGGGGUGGCGCACAGCGUCGCAAGAGCGUGCAGCAUGGGUAAGCUCGUCGCCUGUGGGUGCGACCCAGCGAGCUACCGGGCGGCAGGCAGGCACCGGCCGGGGUUCCGUCUGGGCAGCAAGAGCACCAGGGGUCUCAACAUGCCCCCACAACAGAGAACUAGGAGUGCUAGCAGGUGGAAGUGGGGAGGUUGCUCCCACAACCUGGACUUCGGCAUCGACUUCUCAAAAUCGUUCCUCGACUCAAGAGAAAAGGCAGGAGACAUCCAGUCUCGAAUCAACCUCCAUAACAACCAAGCAGGGAGACUUGCUGUGGCAACCAACAUGCAAGUUCGCUGCAAAUGUCACGGGAUGUCCGGAAGUUGUGAAUUAAAGACUUGUUGGAAGGCAGCGCCUGAGUUUCGAAUUGUUGGAGAGGCACUCAAAGAGAGGUUUCGAUCAGCCGUUCUGGUGGAUCAGUCCAACUUAGGGAAUGGCUCCCCCUUUCUUCUGGACGGGCUGCGUCGGCGACGUCCCCGUCCAAGACAGAGACCCAGGCCGAGGAGACGAACUCGGCUACGCCGUCCCAGAGACUUAGCACUGGACCUUCUGUACUACCAGCGUUCCCCUAACUUCUGCGAAAAAGAUCCUAAUGUGGACUUCCCGGGUACGUCCGGGCGACAGUGUAACCGCACUAGCACCGGCGUCGACGGCUGUGGCUCCCUCUGCUGCGGCCGCGGAUACAACGUCAUCAAGCAACGAAAAACCGACCGCUGCCAUUGCCGGUUCCACUGGUGCUGCUACGUCGUGUGCCAGAACUGCACGGUUGAGGAGUGGAUCACGGUUUGCAAGUAGUAGCGUGUGUGACGUCAUAUGAGUAACAAAUGUAUGUGGUUCUCUGAACGUGUUAGGAUAUCUAAAAACAAGAUUAUAUAAUUUUCAGAAUGAAUCACAGUUGCUUGCAUAAUAUUUCUGGAAAUUUAAAAAGAAAACCAGUCAUGAAUUAAUUAAUUUUCGUAAUAUAGAUAAUUCGAUGUUGUCUGAAAACAUUUCUGGAAUGUUAUAAUACUCCAGCAAGAGCGGUUGGGCGAGAUAAGUAUCAUUUCACAACACGGAGGUUUAGCUUCAGACAUGUCUCCAGUAUUUCAAUGAUUAUGGAAAGCAGCAAGCUUUAUAUCUCUUAGAGAUAUGUUUAAUUUGUAAGUGCAAACAAAAUAAGAAAUUGAAUGAUUAACAUGAAAACAAAUUAAACUUACAAAGAUACUGAUGCAGUUACUUUCCAUAUAUUUCAAUGAGAACUUGUGUUCCGAAAUAAUUCUCGUAUGCAUAUUGCCUAUAAGAGUGAUAUUGUUCUGCGCGCGCAGACUGAGAGCCAUGAAUUGGACGUUCCUGCCGUAAAUUCUGUCCACAACGCACGAACUCACUUCAUGACUGUGCCGUCCUGAAAACUCGCUGAAAGUAUGCCGUUAAGAAACCUAGAGUGCAGUGCUAAGAACGCCGAAGGCACGUCUUCAGUGCUGCACUGAUUUACCUAAAGGAGAACCAAGUUGGAGGAGGGAGAACUGUGACGGCAUUGUGACAACAUUGGAGCUAUCGCUGCAUUGUCUUCGUCUGCAGUCUCUCUGCAUAACUCAAUUGUA